AUGUUGGAGCAACCGGGAGGCGGAGGAGCCCACGGAGGGAUGGUAAGCGAGCUCCGAAACUUCGCAGACUGGAACGUCUUCAGAUCCAUCGGGCCGAAAACCUUGGUGCCGAUGGUUGCCCCGAUCGUACCUGGUGGUCUUGGUGAUCAAUGCCACUGCGACCCUUCUGCUGUGGCCUGUCAUACAAAGUGGGCCUGCGGCUAUGCCAUAAUCAACUGGAUUCAGGCCAUGUUGGGCUCACUGGGGAUGAACAAUCCAGGGGGAGGGUGGUGCAGGUAUGGAGUGAUACCACUGAGAGCCUUCGGAGGCGAGAUUUGGUAUUCUGCGCUUGCAUGCUGCCGAUUGCUGCUGUAUCUCGUUGCCUCUUUCUGGAUGCAGACGCUCAUCGCUUCACGGCUGGAUCUCUUGGAGCAAUGCUCGAAUCGGAACUACCGCAGUGGCUGCUUUCGCAAACUGAUGUGGGCCCAAGUCUUUGGGGCAGCAGUGGCUCUGCUUCCCAUUGUGGGCGUGGUCUAUGGCAUCAACAGGCUGUACAGUGGAAUUGUCUGGGAAACAAGUUGGCCCAGUCUGUGCGCAAUAGGAGGCAUCACAUUGCUGUGCAAUGUGGCAGCGAGCAUCUUGGCCAUUUGCUCUUUCCGAAAGUCUUACUUGGAGCUGCGGAGGAUUUGUCGCCUGGCAGAAGCCAAUGAGGCGCCUAUCUCCGCAAGAUCUUCCUUAAGACGAGCCCGAAGGUUUGCUGGUUUGCAAGGGUUGGGUGUAUCAUUUAGCCUCCUCUUCACGCUUCUGCUUGUUCCAGCACGUGUUAGUUCUAUGCUUCUGGGUUAUGACGAUGACGCGUUGGCCGUUGUCUUGUUUCUGAUUCAAGCUUUUGAUGCCCUGGGAAAUGCUGUGGCCGUUCUCCUUCUGUCCGGCAGUCACAGGAUGGCCAAAGUUGACAGGAGUCAGGGGAGCCAACGUAGCUGGAAAGUCGAAAAGCCUGAGCAUAGCAGAAACCAACAGACUUCGCAUGAAGAUGUGAACUGGACCAGAAAGGUGGAAGAACUCUCAAUGCGGGGGAUGACUUUGAGGAGCCUCCUGCAGUUCUAUCAAGAAAACCUACCUUCGAUGCCAGAUUGGAAAUAUGCGCCCAAGGAACACAAAACCAGAGAUGUGGUCCGAAGAGCGAUCAUCCCAUUGACUAGCAGCGAAGAAUGCGCAUUCUCAGUUUCAGCUUUCAACAAGGAUGGUCCGAAACGGGCACAGGUCAUGGUGACCCACAACUGGGGCAACUUGUUCAGCGACCUGCUGGCUGCAGUGCUGUCGGAUGCCCUGCAGGAAUGCAGUUUCAGCUUGCCAGCAGAACUUCUGCAGGAGGAGUGCGCUUUCCUACAGGACCUUCUGGCGAAAAUGGGGCGGUUGGAUCACACGUAUUGGAUCUGUGCGUUUGCUGUGAACCAACACAUCAGCAUCUGCCACAGCAACCCGUAUGACCGGGAUCCUUUCACAAAUCAGCUGCACCCAGUGUGCCACUGCAACAGCACAAACAUCAUUGACUCGGAUGGCCGAAGUGCUUCGUCAGAGAUCAACAAGUUUGAUGACAUGAUGCGUCUUCUUGCCACGACUGGGGGAUGCCGACAAGUGAUUGCAGUGGACAAACCUCUGGAUUUGUUUCGCCGUGCCUGGUGCGUGGCUGAGAUUGCAGAAGCCAAACGUUUGCAGAUGGACCAGUCAUUGAAACUCUGGUCCAAAGCAACGCUGCAAGAACGUGCCCAGACAUUGGAAAACCUGGAUGUGCGAGACAUGCGUGCCUCCUCCGAAAAGGACAAGGAACUCAUCCUUGGCAAGAUUCAGGAUGUAGAUGAUUUCAAUGCCAAGCUUCAAGUGCUCAUUUUUGAUCCAAAAUCAGGCCUUGUUGCCACAUGGAAUGCCAUGGAUAGCCUGCAGCAGAUUGGUGAAGUGGGCCGGCUCAUUCGAUGGGGCCUGGCAGAUGCAGGCAGUGGAAAAGUGUGGAAAGCAUGGAUGGGCCCUGCAGCGCAGGAGCAGUCUCAACGACCAGCUCAGUUGCUGGCGGCGCUGAAAUAUCCAGGAGCUGGUAGAGAUGGCCAUUCAGAAGAUGACUGCGUGGCAAAGUUACAGGCGGGUGCGCCGGUUGAGCCCAGAGCCACGAACGAGUCACAGCAGGAGGUGAACGAGAAGCGCGAAAUCUCAAGGACACUCGCCCCAGAUUGCAAAACCAGCCGUGAGAAGCGGGGGAGCACUGCCUCCCCCGAGAAUGACCCCCCACUGGGCCUGGUCCAGAAUACGUUUCGCUUGGGCCAAGCGCUUCUUCCGUCACCCAGUGCAGAGGCUUCGUUCUGUGAUCCCACAGAAUCAUGCCGGGUAAAAAGCAGGCUGCGUCCCGUUGACGCUGAUCAAGCCCCAAGAGAGGCCCACCAGCUCUCUGUCGAGCGACUGGAGCACUUGGAAGGGAUGUUAGAGCAGCCGGGAGGCGGAGGAGUACGUCUGGAGGGUCGAGGCGAUGUUGACGAUGAGGAAAGAAGCGCUCCAAGAUGUUGGAGCAACCGGGAGGCGGAGGAGUCUCUGCGUUUGGUCGUUGAGCGGACGGAAGACAUAGAACGCCUGCUCGGGCGGAAGGGUCGAGGUGGGGUGAUGGGCCCUGCAGCGCAGGAGCAGUCUCAACGACCAGCUCAGUUGCUGGCGCUGAAAUAUCCAGGAGCUGGUAGAGAUGGCCAUUCAGAAGAUGACUGCCUGGCAAAGUUACAGGUGCACCGGUUGAGCCCAGAGCCACGAACGUACAUGGACGAAGUGACAGGCGUGGAAAGCUGCCAGCUCUCUGUCGAAGAGAACUCUCUUUCGAAAAACGACUGGAGCACUUGGAAGGGUCAGGGCGCCCCAGCGGUUGCGAGCUCCGAAACUUCGGAGACUGGAACGUCUUCAGGAGAUCCAUCGGUCCGAAAACCCUGGUGCCGAUGGUUGCCCCGAUCGUACCUGCUGGUCUUGGUGAUCAAUGCCACUGCGACCCUUCUGCUGUGGCCUGGUGAUGUUCAGUAUGUUGAUCCCUGUCCACUCAAGUUACGACUCUUCUUCUUUGGGCUGAUGCUGUCGAGUUUUGGAGCCGGCUGUGUGGCAGCCUUUCUGGUGAGAAGGGCUGAAGCUUCAGAUCAUACAAAGUGGGCCUGUGGCUAUGCCAUUGUCAACUGGAUUCAAGCCAUGUUGGGUUCGAUGGGAAUGGAGGAGCCAGGGGGAAGGUACUGCAGGUAUGGAGUGAUACCAGAAGGAGAUACCAGGUAUUGGGCACUUGAAUUCUGCCGAUGGCUGCUGUAUCUCGUUGCUUCCUGCUGGAUGCAGACGCUCAUCGCUUCACGGCUGGAUCUCUUGGAGCAAUCUUCGACUCGGAACUACUGCAGUAGCUGCUUUCGCAGACUGAUGUGGGCCCAAGUCUUUGGGGCAGCAGGGGUUUUGCUUCCCAUUGCGUUCUUGGUCUAUACGAUCAUGCGGGGUGGGUACUCUUGGGGUACAGCUUUGACCAGUCUGAUCGCAAUAGGAGGCAUCACAUUGCUGUGCAAUUGGGCAGCAAGCAUAGUGGCCAUUUGCUCUUUCCGAAAGUCUUAUUCGGAGCUGCGGAGGAUUUGUCGCCUGGCAGAAGCGAACGAGGCCUCCAUCUCCGCAAGAUCUUCCUUGAGACGAGCCCGAAGGUUUGCUGGUCUGCAAGGGUUGGGUGUAUCAUUUAGCCUCGUGUUCACGCUUCUGCUUGUUCCAGCACGUGUUUGUUCUAUGCUUCUGUAUCAUGAAAGCUAUGACGCGUUGACGGUGGUCGUGUUUCUUAUUCAAGCUCUUGAUGCCCUGGGAGAUGCUGUGGCCGUUCUCCUUCUGUCCGGCAGUCACAGGAUGGCCAAAGUUGCAAGGAGUCAGGGGAGCCAACGUAGCUGGAAAGUCGAAAAGCCUGAGCAUAGGAGAAACCAACAGACUUCACAUGAAGAUGUGAACUGGACUAGAAAGGUGGAAGAACUCUCAAUGCGGGGGAUGACUUUGAGGAGCCUCCUGCAGUUCUAUCAAGAAAACCUCCCUUCAAUGCCAGAUUGGAAAUAUGCGCCCAAGGAGCACAAGACCAGAGAUGUGGUCCGAAGAGCGAUCAUCCCAUUGACUAGCAGAGAAGAAUGCGCAUUCUCAGUUUCAGCUUUCAACAAGGAUGGUCCGAAACGGGCACAGGUCAUGGUGACCCACAAUUGGGGCAACUCGUUCAGCGACCUGCUGGCUGCAGUGCUGUCGGAUGCCCUGCAGGAAUGCAGUUUCAGCUUGCCAGCAGAACUUCUGCAGGAGGAUUGCGCUUUCCUACAGGACCUUCUGGCGAAAAUGGGGAGGUUGGAUGAGACGUAUUGGAUCUGUGCGUUUGCUGUGAACCAACACAUCAGCAUCUGCCACAGCAACCCGUAUGACCGGGAUCCUUUCACAGAUCAACUGCACCCAGUGUGCCAGUGCAACAGCACAAACAUCAUUGACUCGGAUGGCCGAAGUGCUUCGUCAGAGAUCAACAAGUUUGAUGACAUGAUGCGUCUUCUUGCCACGACUGCGGGAUGCCGACAAGUGAUUGCAGUGGACAAACCUCUGGAUUUGUUUCGCCGUGCCUGGUGCGUGGCUGAGAUUGCGGAAGCCAAACGUUUGCAGAUGGACCAGUCAUUGAAACUCUGGUCCAAAGCAACGCUGCAAGAACGCGCCCGGACAUUGGAAAAUUUGGAUGUGCGGGACAUGCGUGCCUCCUCGGACAAGGACAAGGAACUCAUCCUUGGCAAGAUUCAGGAUGUAGAUGAUUUCAAUGCCAAGCUUCAGGUGCUCAUUUUUGAUCCAAAAUCAGGCCUUGUUGCCACAUGGAAUGCCAUGGAUAGCCUGCAGCAGAUUGGUGAAGUGGGCCGGCUCAUUCGAUGGGGCCUGGCAGAUGCAGGCAGUGGAAAAGUGUGGAAAGCAUGGGACAGCCACAACUGA